AUGAGUUCCUAUCUUUGUAUCACAAAAGGAUUUCAUCCGUGUGUUUGUGUGUGUGUUGUUCAGGUGACCAUCCUUCGAGGAAAGGAUGGAUAUGGAUUCACCAUCUGCUCUGAUUCCCCUGUGAGGGUACAAGCUGUUGAUCCAGGCAAGUUUUGCAUGUACAUGUCAGUGCACAUAAAACUCAGCAGGGGUCCAGCCGAUCAAGCUGGUCUGCAGCAGCUGGACACUCUCUUGCAGUUAAAUGGUCAGCCUGUGGAGCAGUGGAAAUGUGUGGACUUGGCCCAUGCGAUAAGAAACAGUGCCAAUGAAAUCACAGUGGUGGUGUGGCGUACUGGCCCCUCAGCUAAACCUUCCUUUGAGGGCCUCAUCCAUCGGCCCUCCUACAAACCCCCCACCUCAAACUACGAAGCCCCUUCACCCCCUACCCGCAGGCGUGCACCUGAUGUUGGCACAAGCAAAGUUCCCCCGGCCGUGCCGCCUCUGCCAGCCCACCACCGCGCCACCGCAGCCCGCCGACUCCUGGUUAACGGGUCUGAUGCUGGCAGCAGUGUUGGCCUCGGCAGGGGCACGCUGGCAUGGGGGGCACAGGGAGGCUCAGCUGAGGAGCUGGAUGGGAAAACACGUCUCCUUCAUCACCCUCCGUCUGCGACACUGAAGGGAACCAGGGUGAAGGCAUCCAACGGGGACAACUACAUCAUCCUGGCGCCUAUCAACCCUGGAAGCCAGGUACCACAGACUGGUGGAGGGCUGCAUCUUCAUCAUCUUCUCCGUCCUCCUCACCCUCACCACGCUGCAGGUUUCAGCAGGUUAUAUCCAACACGACAGACCUCUGCUCCCCAGCCCCAGAACGCUGGUAGUGGUGGAGCUUUUUCUGGGGGUGUUGGUGGCGGUGGUGGUGGCAGCAGUGGCGGUGGCUUCUCCAGCCGUACCGGCUUCCUCCGCCGAUCGAACAACUCCAAAACGUCAAAGGGAUCGUCCACUUCUCCUAACGCUGGUGCCAGCAGUUACCAACCACAAAGUGCUAAUUUUGCCAACUACCAGAACUGCACCAUCGUCCGCUCCCACACGCCGCAUGCCAACUAUGGAUACGUCAAAGUGGCACCCAAGGUCCUCAUCUUCCCCAUCUUUGUUCAGCCUCUUGACCUGUGCAGCCGAACACUCAUCAUAUCUGAGGAGAUGAUACUGCAUGAGAGCCAGCACCACUCUCUCAAGGUCACAGUUUUUGUCUACAACGAUCUGAUGCUUGUGACAAGAGAGAAUGAGCCGGGCAGGUGUAAUGUCCUUCAGAGCCCCCUGUACCUGCGACACUUGCGGCUCCAGGAUGGUAAGUCAGGAGUUGUUGUUCUGACAUCUUUGAGAUGUUGA